AUAUAUAUUAUUUAUAUAUAUAUUGAAAUCUCAUACUCAUACCUCUAUAAGUAUUGAGUUCCCAUCCUUCAUUUUCUUCACACCUCCUCUCUCUUUCCAAACUAUCCUUAGUUUUUAUUUCAAGAUGUCUUCCUCCCAAAACGACAAGAAGAGUUCUGAUGCUGAGAUGGUUGAGGCCUCCUCCCAGGCGCCGGAGUCAAACCCUUCCGACAAUGCUCCAGCCUGUGUCGCCGGCUUCCUUUCUUUCCGAGAGAAGAUGGCUCGCCGUAAAGCUGAGAAGGAACCUAUCCACGUUUGCGCCGAGCCUCUAUCUUCUUCUGCUCCGGUUGUCACUCCAGCUGUCGAUCUUGUGGUUCAGGCUCCGCAAGAUGCAGGGGAACAGUCCGGGACGGGCAUUUUGUGUGUUUCUGAUGCCUCGGCCCAGCCGUCUGGUUCAUCUACAACUCCGAUCGUUGUUGACGAUAAGGAGAAGGUCACUGAAUCGAUGUCUCCGCCUCCAACCAGAAAAGAAAUCAUCCUGGUGUUGCGUGCUCCCAGUGGUACUCCAGCUGUUCCAGUGAAGAGUCGGAAGAGGAGGUGUACGAAGGGCAAUGAUGGGGAGCCUUCGCAUCCGGAGGGGUUGAGUCUGGCGUCAGGACUUCGUGGAAAGUUUGUAUCGUUGAUCGAUGGGAUGAUAAACGAUUGCAGUUCUGAGGCGAGUCGUCUUGCGAGAGAGCUUACGGAGACGCAUGGCAAAUUGUCAGAGCUCGAAGCUAUGAUGAAAGCGGUCGAGGAUUCUCAUUUCGCAAAGGUGUCCAAGCUGGAGGUUCCGAUUGGCGAGCUCGAGAGGGACCAUGGGAAGACGGCGAGUUCUUUAAUUAAAGAGAAGAUGGCCAGGAAGACCAAGUCUUCGGAGGUACGUCGACUUCAACGCCAUAUUGAGAAUGGCGAAGAAUCGACGAACCGCAGAGUCGAGGAGGCCAAAGGUGCUUUGCGCGUUGAGUUUCAGGCCCGUUUGACGAGGAUCGCCGACUUUCUAAGCUCCCUUGAGUGCGUUUUCAGUAGGGAUUUGGUCCUAUUGAACAUCAAUGGUGGGAUGGCCAUGGUUCAGGCGCUCAAAGGUGAGACCCCUUCAUCUUUACAGGCCGAGGAGGCCAGGUUGUCUGCCGACAAGGAGGAUCUGGCGGUCGUGGACAGAAGUUUUGAACUCAUCCUGGCUGACCUGAAAUCCGAGUGCAUCCUCCCGACAUCCUCCGAAGUCCCUGAGGGGCAAGAUCCUCUGGUGGGGGAAGGCGGAGAUGGUGCGGCUCCGAGUUUGGACGAGGCGACGGGUGAAGGAGAGGUCUAGAUUCCCGAGUAUGAUCAAGGUUGCGGUCUUGUUUAAGAUUUUUUUUUAAAUGUUUAUGAAUUAGUGCUUGCUCUAGCCUUGUAUGGCCAUGUUUAUGUUUUUGGACUAGCUGCUUGUGGCUUUGAAUCCUUGCCGCUUUGCGGCAUUUUAUGAAUGGAUGAUCAGUUUGCGUUUAUGUGAGUAAGUGGAUGGUGUAGAAGGAAGCUUAUGAGUUGUCAUCUUAUAUCUUUCUCCAAA